AUGGCUUCCAGUGCGUCGACCCAGCCAGGCAGCAAGAGGUGGUCCUACUUUCAUUCCGCCCUCCAGCUUGCCAUACAGCGGUCUGCGCACAAAUGGACUUACGAGGACUUCGCGGAGUGUUUUUCUCUCUGGUGUGAUGAGCAGCCGGAGAACGCGGCCACCAUCUUCAAUCUCGUCUCUAGCCGUCUCGAGUCGUCUAUAACGGAGAAUUGCGAGGAGCUGUUCAAGAAGUAUAAUGUAAAGGACAACCUGGACAACCUCCACGCCGUCGUCACAGCAGCACGCGCAAGGAAGCAGGCAGAAUAUGAUGGCAAGGACGUGUGGCGCGAGGAUCUGCAGCCCCGUGCUGCCGUCAGGGCACGAACGAUCCCUCUCCUCGAGCAAGAGCGCGAUCGUCUGCGCGCAGAGUUAGCACAGCUCACAGACGAGAACUCAGAAUUGCAAUCUCAAAUGCAGCAGAACGUGCGCGCGACAGAGGAGGCGGAUCGAGAUGCUGCAAGACUUCUCGACGUCAUUGACAAGGUUCUCGCGAAAUGGGAUCAGAUACCCUUGGAUGAUAUACAGUCUUGGACGCUGCAGACGGCAGAAUCUGCUGGAAGUAGGGCAUGAUGAGGACACGAAAUGUAGCUUAUCUCUAUGUAUCAGUGACCAUAGCCAUAUGUACUAUUUCUCCAUGAACAGCGUACGUCGUACAGUAGACUGGAAUGACAC